AUGAAGCUUCCCGCGAAGGGUAUAAAACACCCCUUCGCAUUGAUUUGUUUUAUGACAUUACGUUCUAGUUGCAAGAUGAAAGUGCUAACGUUGAUGCUACUGUGCGUGAUGCUGGGUGCCACGAUGGCAGCCCGGUGCAUACGGGACAACAGCAACGGUGAGCCCGGCUGCAAAACGAAGGAGGAAAUCGAGCAAGGAGUCUGGCGCCACAACUAUGAUCCGACGCGUUACUGGGAGUGUACGAAGCUGAACGAGCGCGCAAUUUUGCGCUCCUGCCAGGAUCAAGCGUUCCAUCCGACGCAACUGGACUGUGUCGACUGGGACGACUGGGAGUGGGAACCGGUGUGUGCUCCCCUUAGCCGUCCGGACCAGUAA